AUGACUAGUUCUAAGAAGCUGGAGGUUCAAACAAUUGAUCAAACUCCACAUAAAUGGUGUACUUCAUUGGGAGAAGAGGUUUUCAAAAGAUUUUUCAGCCAGGCUAAUCCAACAGUUCAUAAGGUUUUUGGUGAUGGAUCACUUUUCAGUCCAAUGUUGUUUGGGAAGUUCUUUGAUCCUUCUGAUGCCUUUCCUCUAUGGGAGUUUGACUCAGAUGUCUUGUUAUCUCAUCUAAGGAACUCCAACCAAAACACUGUGGAGUGGUAUCAUUCAGAUGAAGGUUACAUAUUAAAGGCAGAAAUACCAGGAACCGGUAUAAGUAACAUUCAAGUCCAUAUUGAUGAUCGGAAAGUUGUGGAAAUUAGUGGGCAGUGGAAGCUGAACAGAGAUAACCCAGAGGCAAAUAAUGACUGGAAAUGUGGCCAUUGGUGGGAAUAUGGGUAUGUUCGAAGGCUUGAGAUGCCAGAGGAUGCAGAUUCGAAGAAUAUUGAAGCACACAUAUAUAAUAGCUUAUUUUUGGAAGUAAGAAUACCAAAGUGCCUUCAGAAGGAAAAGGAUGUGACUUCGAGUAGUGUAAGGUUAAGAGAAUAG